AUGCAAUUUGAGGCAAGCGUGGAGCCGGGCUGGCAGAGGGUGGUUCAGGUGGAUCUGGAGGUGGACGGUGUCGGAAGUACGGUAGGCAGCAGGUCCAUUUCCUGGGCUGUGGAAUAUCCGGGCAUCAGGGCCAGCAAUGAGGAAACUGAGACGCAGAUCCACCUGGCACAGAAAGACCUAGUUGGCAUCGUGCCGCUGGCUAUGGAAACAGAGAUCCUGAACACGGCAGUGCUGAACGGGAAGACAGUGGCGGUGCCAGUGAAGGUGGUGACGGUGGGCACAGACGGGAUGGUUACAGACGUGUCAGACGAUGUGCAGUGCCAGUCCACUGAUGAAGACGUGGUUAAGGUAUCAGACAGGUGUGAUUACGUCUACGUGAAUGGCAAGGAGAUGAGAGGACGGGUCCAAAUGCUGCUGAACUUCACAUAUGGUUACCUGAGGGCCCAGCUGGAGGUGAAGGUCUGGAUUCCCAAACUGCCUCUGCACAUCGAAGUUUCAGAUACCGAACUCAGUCAGAUCAAAGGCUGGAGGAUUCCCGUAAACAGUAACACCCAGAGGUCAACGCGGGACAGUGAAGAUGACGAUGAUGAAGAGCGGAGAGGAAAGACGUGUACUCUGCAGUACCAGAGGGCCAUGGUGCGUGUGCUCACACACUUUGUGGCUGAAUCCUCAGAGACAAGAGGUGAGGUGGCCCACAUGCUGGGCAGCGAUUGGCAGGUGGAUAUUACGGAGUUAGUCUGGGACUUCCUGAAGGCAGAGAAUCCACGAAUCGCUAAGCUGAGAGAGGGACGUGUUUUGGAGGGCAUGGAUACAGGCAUGACCAGCAUUCAGGUUCUGUCCCCGCUGUCAGACUCCAUUCUGGCAGAGAAGACGGUGAGGGUUGUGGAUGAUCGAGUGGCCAUCACUGAACUGGGCCUGCAGUUGGUCAGUGGUCUCACACUCAACCUGCAGCUCAACACAGGAAGUAACCGAGCCAUCAGCGCCACAGCAACCACACAGGAAGUGCUAAGCAAUCCUAAACAGGAGGCGCUGAUCAGUGCGUGGCUGCAGUUCAGUGAUGGCUCCAUGGCUCCUCUGGACCUAUACAACCCAGGGCACUUUGUUCUGACCGCUACCUCUCUGGAUGAGGAUGUAGUGUCCGUACGGCAAGACGCAGCAGGCCGGUGGCCGGUUAUUUCUGCACGAGCCGAGGGUCAAGGUCUACUGGUGCAUGUAGAAAUGACGGUAUCUGAAGUAUGUCAGAAAUUUAAGCGUCGGAGCGUCCUGGCGGCUGGAAACUGCAACAUCCGUGUGAAGUUCGGUCGUAGCGAAAGCGCCUUGAGACCGGGUGACUUCGGCCAGGAUGAGGACAUGGACAACAGACCAGGAGAGCGCAGACAGAAUCCGUCUCUCCCGGAUAGAACCGGAAUGGACAACCACUACUAUGGAAGCUCCAUCUCAGACAUGGAGGACGGUAUCAUGAGAAGAAUCACCACCACAGCCAAAACAGCAAUCAUCAGGAAACCAGGCGGAGACAAGCUCUCAGAUGAUGGGAGCCAGUUGCCCGGCAUUCCCAUUGACUUCUCAGACUUCCCCGCUCAAGUGGACCUUCCCCGAGGACAUAACGUGGAUGAGGACGACCUUCAAAUACCUCAUGGACUUACUGACCUUGAAAUUGGGAUGUAUGCUUUAUUAGGUGUCUUCUGUUUGGCUAUUCUGGUUUUCCUCAUCAAUUGCAUCUCAUAUACCCUCAAGUACCAACACAAGGAGAUGUCGAUUGAGGGCCAGGAGAGCUUGAACCACGCCCACGACUGGGUGUGGCUGGGAAACGACGCUGAACUUCUGGAGAGCCACGUAAGUUUGUCUCCGCAGACCGAUGAGCACAUCACCAUUAUGGAUUCCAGCUUAGGAGGGUUAGAGGAAGGGAGCCACCUUCUCAAUGGUGGUUCUUUGCAGAAGAAUGUUCAAGGCCAGGUGCACCGAGGAGCCGAAACCGCUACGCUCUGCACCGGAAAAGACAGCAAAGGCGAUUCACCAACGACCAAAAGAAAACGUGUGAAGUUUACCACAUUCACCACCAUCCCAGUGGAAAGUGUUAGUCCGGCUAAGGAAAAUCUGGGAGUCGAUCCUGACAAUGACAUUAAGUGGGUAUGUCAGGAUGUUGAGCUUGGUGAUUCCAAGGAACUACGAAACUACAUGGAGCGGCUAAACGACAGUGCUUUAAAGGAAGUGGCAUAGUCAAAUCAAUGUGUGCGAACUGAACUCACCCUUUUGCCUUUGUAAUAGAGAUGAGUACGAGCCAGGGAACAACUGCUACAUAAACCUUACUGAACACAACACAUCAGCCAUUACAUAACAAAGGAUGUCUAGCAUUCUUUUGGUUUGACAUGUCAAUGGUAGGACAAUGCCAAGACAAAGAGAACAGCAGACUUAUGGCAAAAUAUGACAUUUUAACAAGAUGAAUCGAAUCUUUUUUGUAUGUUCAUUUAUAUUAUGUUCUCUAUUCUCUUCAUUUUUAAGUGAUUUUAUUUUACCACCUUUUGUAGUUAAAAACUGAACCGUAUUUCCAGGCUUGCCAAUGCUCUGCACUCACUUAUGAGGCUACAGGACUGUAUGCAGAUGGUGACAUGUAGAUUAAGUAUUGUGAUAUUAAUGAAUCAUUGUAAAUAAAGUGCACAUAGAAUGGUUUGGAUUU